AUGAAGUGCCAGACGUGUCACUUGCCUCUGCAACUGGACCCGUCUUUAGAAGGUCUUAGUUUAACCCAACGAAAUUUACUACUUUCACAUAAUUCAAUUACUGCUGCAACGAAUGAAAAUACCAUUUCCAACAAGGGAAUUGAAGCUCACAAUAACCGUGCACCUCAAAUACCGAAAGAAAGGCUAAGGCGAUUAGGAGAGAUUCAGAACAUAAAAGAUCUGAAUUUGAUAGACGAUAAACUGACCACUGAUUCGUUUGUUUUUCUUAACCACGAUGAAGAUGAUAGUGCUAACAUUACGAGCAAUAGCAGAAAUGAUCAAGAUUAUGGAAAUGCAAACGGAGAUGGCAACAAAAAGGUUAAUAGUGAUGCUUUUGAUGGAAACAGCACCUUUCGAGAUCACGACGAAGAGGAACAAGAAGCCACAGAUGAAGACGAAAACCAACAAAUACAAUUGAAUUCCAAGACUUUGUCCACACAAGUCAAUGCAAUGACCAAUGUAUUUAACAUUCUGUCAUCUCAAACAAACAUAGACUUUCCUAUCUGUCAGGAUUGCUGUAAUAUCUUGAUAAACAGACUAAAGAGUGAGUACGAUGAUGCAAUAAAAGAAAGAGAUACCUACGCUCAAUUUUUAUCCAAGUUAGAAAGCCAAAACAAGGAAAUAUCAGAAAGUAUUGAAGAGAAGCAGUAUUCAGAUAAUCUUUCAGAAAACGAAAAUUUAAAAAAGGAGGAGCAAAGACUUUUAGAGCAGCUAUUGCGUUUGGAAAUGACAGAUAAUGAUUUAGAUGGAGAGCUAAUUCGUUUACAGGAAAAACGGGUUCAACUAGAAAAUGAGAAACUUCAAAAACUGAGCGAUCAGAAUUUAAUGGAUUUAAAUAACAUACAAUUCAACAAAAAUUUACAGUCAUUAAAGCUGCAAUACGAAUUGUCCUUGAAUCAAUUGGACAAAUUGAGGAAGAUCAAUAUUUUCAACGCUACUUUCAAAAUCUCACACAGCGGUCCCUUUGCCACUAUAAAUGGAUUGAGAUUGGGCAGUAUACCGGAAGCGGUGGUACCUUGGAAAGAAAUCAAUGCAGCACUGGGCCAAUUGAUUCUUUUGCUAGCUACCAUAAAUAAAAAUCUAAAGAUAAACUUAGUAGACUACGAGUUACAACCAAUGGGUUCAUUUUCAAAAAUUAAAAAAAGAGUAGUCAACAGUGUCGAAUAUAACAAUUCCACUACGAAUACUCCCAGUGAUUGGUUGAUCCUACCUGUCUACUAUGAUGAGAAUUUCAAUUUGGGGAGAAUCUUCCGCAAGGAAACGAAGUUCGAUAAAUCGUUAGAAACAACAUUAGAAAUAAUAUCACAAAUUACUCAGCAGCUUUCUACGAUAGCGUCAUCAUUGCCGUCUCAAACUACCCCUGCAAGCCAAGAUGGAUCUUCAAUAGAUAACAGAAAUGACACUGAAAAUUGUACUUCCAUUCUCGAAUUACCCUAUAUCAUGAAUAAGGACAAGAUCAAUGGAUUAUCCGUCAAAUUGCAUGGUAGUGGUCCCAAUCUUGAAUGGACAACGGCUAUGAAGUUUUUAUUAACGAAUGUAAAGUGGUUGUUAGCGUUCUCUUCCAAUCUAUUAUCCAAGUCAAUUACUUUAAGCCCUACAGUGAAUCAUAAUGAUAAUACAGUCAACAGUAACUAA